AUGUCAGGUUUAGAGAGUGGUUACGUUGAAGUGAGUGUGCCCAAGAGACUGGGAGUGUCCGAGUUACAAGCCAUCUCCCUGCCCUUCAGCUGUGCCCUCUGGGGGAUCACCAGACACACUGAGGCAAGCACAAUAAGCAAGUCAUUGUUUGAUCGCCUUGGUCUAGUGUUAUCAUGUGACCCCACCCCUUGUUACGAGGACAGCCUCUCUGCUACCAUCACCAGACACACACUCGACACAGCUAUGGGAUACUCUACCCUACCACUCUUAUCACCCGACAUCAUCACCGAGCUGGUUUUCAGGGCGACCACGAUAGAGCCAAUAUUAGAGGAGAGUGCAGAGUCCCUUCUCGAGAGUUUCUAUGUUGGCAGUCGGAGAGUUCGAGGGUCAGAUAUGCCCAACACAGCACUGGAUACUAUGAAGGCUAUGGCACUGUCCCAUGCUAAGCUGAGACUUAGAAAAACGGCUACACAAGACGAUGCUCUGUUGGCUGUACUGUUUUAUGAGGAGUGCUUGGUGGGUCGUUUCGGUGAGACUUUAUACGCUGUAUUGUAG